AUGGCUGUGGCACAAAUGCUGAAUCUUUACGGCUACCCUCAGAUCAGCUAUGGGGCCACAGACUCUAUACUAAGUGACCGGAGGCAAUAUCCUUACUUUUACCGAACCGUUCAAGGGGAUGAGGUCCAGUAUACUGCAAUUUUGAAGUUAUUGAAAUAUCUCGGAUGUAACUGGGUUGGAAUUAUUACUACUGGAGAUGACAGCGGAGAAAGGACAUUGCAGUAUCUGACCAGAGAGACCCCUAAAUACGGCAUCUGCAUUGAGUUCUCCAUUUACGUUACAAAAGAAGGAAAAUUUACUGACUACAUUAACAUUAUUCAGAAAUCUACAACUGAGAUAAUCAUCAUUUGUGGUUCAUUUAGUGCAAAAUAUAUGACUCUGCUCAAGAAAGCAUCAGCUACAGACAUUAAUAAGACACUCAUCCUUCCUGCUUCAUGGUCACAUCUGAAUAACAACCUGAAGAACAUUCAUUACAAAGACAGCACAGGCAGCGACAUUUAUUUUGAUGAUAAAGGAGAACUUCCAGUAAAUUAUGAUAUUAUUAAUCAGAUAAUACCACUUGAUGGAAAACAAAAAGAGAAAAUCCCGAAUCAGGUGGGCACGUUUGAUUCAACACUUCCAGAUAACCAGCAAAUGCAUAUUGAGAUCUGCAACAUAACUUGGAAAAAUUACAGGAUGCCUCGAUUGAGGUGCACGGAAAUGUGUCAUCCAGGAUUCAGAAAAGCACUAAGGGAAGGAUUUCACAUCUGCUGCUAUGACUGUAUCCCAUGUUCAGAAGGAGAAUUUUCCAAUGUAUCAGACAGCGAAGACUGUUUCAAGUGCCCUGAAAAUGAAUGGCCUGACCAACAAAAAACCAAGUGUAUUCCCAAAAUACUGGAGUUUCUAUCCUAUGAAACGGAUGUUUUAGCUUUAGUUUUUUGUGUUACUUCUAUAUUCUCCGUUUUAAUUACUACUGUUACAGUUGUCAUAUUUUUCUCAUUCCGAGACACCCCUAUUGUUAAAGCAAAUAAUCGGAAUCUUAGCUUUGUCCUUUUGGGCUUCCUCAAACUGAGCUUCCUCUGCGUGUUUUUGUUCAUUGGUCGCCCGUUGGAUAUAACCUGCAUGAUACGUCAUAUUUCCUUUGGAAUGGCCUUUUCUGCAGCACUUUCUUGUGUGUUGGCCAAGACCAUCAUGGUUUGUAUCGCCUUCAAAGCAACAAAACCUGGCAGCACCUGGAGAAAUUGGAUGGGACUCAAGGUGUCCAAUGCUGUUGUCUUGGUCGGCUCCUCUGGUCAGGUUCUGAUCAGUGUUAUUUGGUUGUUACUCUCGCCCCCGUUUCAGGAAUUAGACAUGCACACAUUCACUGGGAAAAUCAUUGUUCAAUGUAAUGAAGGCUCUGUCCUGGCCUUUUUCUGUAUGUUGGGUUACAUGGGGCUUCUGGCAGCUGUGAGUUUUUUUCUAGCUUUCAUGGUACGGACAUUGCCAGACAACUUUAAUGAAGCCAAACACAUCACAUUCAGCAUGCUGGUGUUCUGCAGUGUGUGGGUCUGUGCUAUACCGGCCUAUCUGAGCAGCAAGGGCAAAAACAUGGUGGCUGUGGAGAUAUUUGCUACCUUGGCUUCAAGUCUUGGAAUUGUAAGCUGUAUAUAUCUCCCAAAAUGUUAUAUUAUUCUGUUCAAGGCUGACCUUAACACUAAACGACAUCUUUUAGGUAAAACCUUUUUAUAA